CUCAAGUCCGUCGCCUUUUUGGGUUAAGGUAGCAGUCCAGGUUUUGGUCCUUUCGGAGCCUUCGUCAGCGUCAAGAUGGUCGCUGCCUUGCUGCUAUGAAGAGUGAUGUACCGGUACCUCGGAAGCGACCAUACGAAGACGUUUGCAAGGGUUGUCGGGAUCAGGUAGGGGUGGAUGCUACUCGAGCGCGUGUGCACGGCCUUGUAUCUUGGCUCCGAGAGAACGGCGCCAAUAUCGAUGGCCUUGAAUGCCGCGAUGAUGGCCUUGGUGGACUUGGCAUGUUUGCCACCAAGAGCUUCGCUGCGGGUGCAGAGAUCGCGUCAAUCCCUGCUGCUCUCGUGUUUACAACAGACGCUGCAAGGGCUACGAAAUUGGGCGCAGCAGCCGCAGCUCUCGGAGCCCAAGAGGAACUGGUGCUUUGGAUAUACAUGGCGCAUGGGCGUAGCGACCCUGAACAUCCUUGGCAUCCAUAUCUCAAGUCUUUGGCUGCUAGCCAGCCAGAUCCGACAAGCUGGUCUCGGGACGCAUUGGCUCCGCUGCGAGCAACGCCCAUUAUGCGGAUGGUGACGGAAUGCAAGGCUAUGCUCGGCCGCGAUCUUGCCAGACUUCAGAGCAGGUUACCCAUCACGGUCAGCAGUUCAGAAGAUCAGGCCCUCGAAGGUUUGAGUCUUCAGGCUCUCCUUUGGGCACGCGGAAUGCAUCUGAGCCGUUGCUUCCCAGCUGAGCUCGCUACAAGUCGUCAUAUUCACAUACGACCUGAUUGCAAAGAACAUUGUGGGGGAAGGGGAGGCGCAAAAGGCGAUAGUGUUGGUUGUUUGUUGCCAUUUUUGGACAUGGCGAACCACAAGGCAGGCCACCAAAUUUCAUGGGAGGCUUCCGAUGGACGGGUCGCUUUCAAAACCGUGAGUGAGCUCCAUCCAGGAGACGAGAUUCACAAUAACUAUGGAAUGGGGCGCAGCAACGAGGACUUUCUGUUUUAUUAUGGCUUUGCGGAGUUGAAUGCGGACUGGGUGCGGAAUGUCAUCACAGGGAUAGUGUUGGUUUUUGAUGUCUCGGUUGAGACUGCACUUUCAACACACAAGCGAUUACUUGAAGAGCAUAUUCCCUGUGGCCUCAUGGGCAGCAGCACCUUGCGCAUCGGCCCAUUCGAUUUAGUCCCCACCGUGGUGCAGUCAGCGACAGGCGAAGCGGAGACAACCCUGUUACCGCAUGAACUUGUGCGUGCGUUGCGCAUUGUUGGACCGGAUAGGGAGGGCCAAGAACCAGACCAACCUAGCGCAGAGGCUCUAGCUGUUCUGCACGCAUCAUUGCUAGGUUCGUUGGCAGCUGCCCGAUUGGCUCCAGAAGCUGCCAGCCCUGACUUUCCAGAACGAGCUGCGUAUGUGAAGGCUUAUUGUAACGGUCGUUGCCAUGCAUUGGAGGCUGCCUUGUCGGAGGCCGAAUUUCUCCUUGGGUAUUGACGGAACUUAUGAAAUAAUGCUUAUACGUGAUCGCGGCGAAGCAUGUAGUCGCCAUAGCCAAGCAAGCGUGACCAUAUUUGAUAGAGAGUUCUUACUGAUGAUUGCGUGCUCUGGCCCAAAGGCUGACAUGCGCCGGAACUGGAAAUUAGUGCUUUGCAGCUAAGCUGGUGGGUGCCCUACAUGGCCGUUGGAUGUCUGCCUGGCAGUGCGCCUCCCUGGUGAGCGUCCCUGGCUUCAGGCCUCUGGCCGGCAAAAGCUCCGGUUGGCCCCCUGUCGGCGGCGAAGUCCGACCCCACCGUCGCCGAUCACCGAUUGGAUUAAGUCUCGGUGGCUCGUGGGGGCACGUCAGGGCUCGGGCGCCGCCCAGCCUGCCCCGCCCGCGGGGCCCACCGGGGCGGGCACACCCACUGGCGAGUGCCCCUGGCGGCGCGCCGCCUGGCGGCAGGUGGGCGGCCAGGGAGUGCGCCGCUUCCGCGCCGGACGGCGCAGGCGAGCGGCCCAGUGGCGGGAGAGAGCGCCAGCUGCUUGCUCCCUGCCUGCUGACUCCGC